AACAUUCCACACACAUCACCAUUUUGAUCAUAUUGACGGGUAUUACCAUGUCAGAAUCGAAGACAAAAUCGAUAUCUCAAGGCUUGAAAACGCCAUGGCAGUCCAUUGCUGUUGCGUCGGGAACCUGCGCCGCGCUCAACGCAAUUUUCGCAAAACUAACGACCAAUGAUCUUACGACAUCAUUGUCUAUUCGAGUUGCAGAUUCUCUAUAUUUGCCGUUGCAAUAUCGCCAAUAUCUUGAUCUCGUUCUCCGCGUUGCCGUUUUUGGCAUUUCAUUCUUGUUCACUGGAACAAUGUGGGCACUAUACACAAAAGCUUUGACUGCAAGCCCGUCAGCAAUUAGGGUCAAUAUUGUUAACACAUCAAGCAAUUUCAUUGUCACGGCUUUACUUGGUGCAAUUAUCUUUGGCGAAAAUUUGCCACUCCUAUGGUGGGUUGGAGCUAGUUUUCUUAUUGCGGGAAGUGUCAUCAUCAGCCAGAGAGACGACGUUUCUACAGAGGUAUCUGAUGCAGAUAAGAUCAAAUGAGCUCAAAAAAACAUUUGCAACGUUUUAGGGGUCUUCGCGUUAUAGAAAUAACUAGUCACGAAGCGUAUUCUUGCUUAAUGGUCUCAAUAAGAUUACAUACCAAUCAUCGAAUUAACUAUCUGGUGUUUAACGCUGAAGAAAGAGUCUGUCAACACCUUUUGUGCAUUG